UGUUACAGGUUGCUGACCCUGUUGAUAUGAUCAAGGAACUCGCGAGUUUGAAAUAAUCCUUGUUUUAAAUGUAAGUCGAAGAGUCUUGCCAUCGCAGCCAUGGGUCGCACAUUUACGUGCCGCUUUGUUGGAACCUUGGGCCUCCUGUCUCUUGUUUUUGCAGGUACCAGUGCUCAGACCAGGUGUUUAGAGGAGAAGACGGCGGCGGAGGCGGGGCCGAUGUUGGUCGGUGCCUUCACCAAGCAGUGCGCCGCGGACGGGAGUUACGAGACGACGCAGUGCCAUGGCUCCACCGGGUACUGCUACUGCGCCCGGCCCGACACCGGGGAGGUGUUCCAGGAGACGGCUUACCGGGCUUGGCAGGGGCCGCAGUACGAUUGUGCAGCCUACUGGAGUACCAGCUUACAGACCAGGUGUUUAGAUGAGAAGGCAGCGGCGGAGGCGGGGCCGGUGUUGGUCGGCGCCUUCACCAAACAGUGCGCCGCGGACGGGAGUUACGAGACCACGCAGUGCCAUGGCUCCACCGGGUACUGCUACUGCGCCCGGCCCGACACCGGGGAGGUGUUCCAGGAGACGGCUUACCGGGCCUGGCAGGGGCCGCAGCACGACUGUGCUUCCUACUGGACGGGGCAAGGGCUCGCUCUGACUGAUGCCGAGCCAACACUGGCCACUGGGAUGGAGUGGCUCAACAUGGAUGUCGUCCAACCCAGACCGACUAACAUACCAUCUCCAGCCGCUGGGAGUAUUGACGACAUUCUGAACUGUGCUGAGAUCAUCACCAACUGCACGGCGCCUGCCCUCCAGACCAUCACCCGGAUCUUCGCCCCGGGAGCGCCCGAGCCUGGCGAGGCGGAGCUCAAGCAGCUCUGCAUGCUGUAUCCAACGAUGGACACCUGUGUGAAGGACGCCUCCCAGACCAUGGAGUGCAUGGCCACCGGACAGGAUCAGUAUGAGCAGUACAAGUCUCAGGCCUCUGCCGAGCCCCCACAGGCCUGUGAGAAAUACACCAACGUGGCCGCUAGGUGUCGCCUCUGCAUCGACGUCCUCCUCGGCGCUCUGCUGACCGCCAUGUUGGUGGGCUGGAGGGGCUGAACGGGUGAAGCUGCGUCCUCUGUGUGACCUUCAUCCUCUGUGUGACCUUCAUCUUCCCGAACCUACCUUACUGAUGAGCAGCUUAGAAAAGACGGCGGAAAAUCAACAGUAAUCACUCCUUUUGUGUGAAACGUCACACUGAUCCAACUCAACACUAUCAAACUCACCGAAAUUACGGCCUUACUCAGGGUGAAUGACCCACUGAUUCAAACACGUGACAUUACGUACACGUGACGUCAGGAGGGGUUAAAGGUGCCUGAGAGCGUAUACCACCCGCCGUCCCUGUCGAGACAUAUUGUAGAUUCUGGAUUCUUUCACAAAACUUUCGUCUUCGGUAGUUAUCCUUUUACAUGGGAACAGUGUGGCGAGCGAUUCAAAUUUUAUAUAGUUCGAUAUUAAACAACGGUAUUAAAAAGGUAGAUAAACGCACAUGAUAAUUCUUCGGGUUUUUUUUCGACGGGAUGUUCUUUAUUUUGUUGCUAGUGAGUGCAAGUGUGCAAAUAGUGGAUUAUAUAACGGUCAGCUUGGUAAAAUAUCCAACAAUGCAUGGUUUAGAAUCCAUGUUUGUAUAUGAGAUGUAAGUGAGGAAACUCUGAUGCUUCAAGUAUUGUUUAAGUAAAAUUGGCGACGUCAACUCUUGUAGGAAUGUUAUUUUCCCUUUGUUGCUGUUCUUGACAAUGAUACUGUUAUCAGUCUAAGUGGCAAUGAUAACGUAAAAUAGCUCAGCGCUGGUCAGCUCAUAUUCUUUCAUGGCUUUGCCUAUUAAAGUUUUCACGCUGUUGAUAAACCGA